GAAAGUGUGUGAAGACGGGACCCGUCGAGUUGUGUACAGUAAAGCUGUUAAAUAACUAGUUCUCCUCUAUUUAGUGACUGAUUUGAGUCUUGCAGAUUCUUGUCAGCUAUGGUUUUACAAAACAGUGGGCGAUAUAAAGCAGACCGAGGUGGUGGAGAUCAGGACAACCAGCAGGAUGAUGCAUCAGCUUUGUCCGCCGUCAAGCGGCUGGAGCGCAGUCAGUUCACUGAUGGGAUGGACGAGCACUUUGGCUUCGAACGGAUGAAGGAACCUGGGGAGAAAACGGGAUGGCUGAUCAACAUGCACCCGACUGAGAUUCUGGAUGAUGACAAGCGGAUGAUCAGUGCUGUGGACUAUUACUUCAUACAGGAGGAUGGAAACAGAUUCAAGAUUGCUCUUCCCUAUAAGCCGUAUUUCUACAUAGCCACUAAAAAGAACUGUGAAAGAGAGGUUAUCUCCUUCCUGUCAAAGAAGUUCCAGGGAAAAGUGGCAAAGCUUGAAGUUGUCCCAAAGGAAGACUUAGAUCUGCCUAAUCACCUGGUGGGCCUGAAGAGGAAUUACAUCAAACUCUCUUUUAACACGGUGGAUGACCUUGUUAAAGUGAAAAGGGAGAUCUCACCUGCUGUCCGCAAGAACAGAGAGAGAGAGAAGUCCAAUGAUGCCUAUACCAGCAUGUUAUCCAGUGCUUUGGUUGGUGGGAGCGUAGUGACAGAGGAUGAGGAUGGCACUUCGAAGAAAAUGACUGAGCAGCUUGACAACAUCGUAGACAUGCGGGAAUAUGACGUGCCUUAUCAUGUCCGCGUUUCUAUUGACCUGAAGAUUCAUGUGGCUCACUGGUACAAUGUGCGGUACAGAGGAAGUGCCUAUCCUCCUGAGAUUGUGCGCAGGGAUGAUCUUGUGGAAAGACCUGAUCCUGUAGUGUUGGCAUUUGAUAUUGAGACCACUAAACUCCCACUGAAGUUUCCUGAUGCUGAAACGGACCAGAUUAUGAUGCUAUCAUACAUGAUAGAUGGGCAGGGCUUCCUCAUCACAAACAGAGAAAUAGUCUCUGAAGACAUUGAGGACUUUGAGUUCACCCCAAAACCUGAAUAUGAGGGCCCCUUCACUGUAUUUAAUGAACCUGAUGAGGCCUCUCUUAUUCAGAGAUGGUUUGAACACAUCCAUGAGACCAAGCCGAACAUUUUUGUCACUUACAAUGGAGAUUUCUUUGACUGGCCAUUUGUAGAAACCAGAGCGGCCCAGCUUGGCUUGAAUAUGCAUCGGGAGAUCGGCUUCCAGAAGGACAAUCAGGGGGAAUAUAAAGCCAGCCAGGCUAUUCACAUGGACUGCCUCAGGUGGGUGAAGAGAGACAGUUACCUGCCUGUAGGAAGUCAUAACCUCAAGGCUGCAGCGAAAGCUAAGUUAGGCUAUGACCCUGUAGAGCUGGACCCAGAGGAGAUGUGCCGUAUGGCUACUGAAGAAUCACAGACUCUGGCCACCUAUUCAGUGUCUGACGCUGUGGCCACAUACUACCUUUACAUGAAAUAUGUUCAUCCCUUCAUUUUUGCCCUCUGCACUAUAAUUCCUAUGGAACCCGAUGAGGUUUUGCGGAAAGGCUCCGGUACCCUGUGCGAGGCCUUGCUGAUGGUUCAGGCCUUCCAUGCCAACAUUGUCUUCCCAAACAAGCAGGAGCAGGUCUUUAACAAACUCACAGAUGAUGGUCAUGUACUUGACUCUGAGACUUAUGUUGGCGGCCAUGUCGAGGCUCUAGAGUCUGGUGUGUUUCGUAGUGAUAUCCCCUGCCGCUUUAAAAUGAAUCCAGCAGCAUUUGACUUCUUGAUUCAGAGGGUGGAGCGUACUCUCCGUCAUGCAAUUGAGGAAGAGGAGAAGAUUCCCCUUGAGCAGGUCACCAACUUUAAUGAGGUGUGUGAUGAAAUCAAGAGGAAGCUUAUCUCUCUAAAGGAAGUGCCCAAUAGAAUCGAGUGUCCUCUUAUUUACCAUCUGGAUGUGGGGGCCAUGUACCCCAACAUCAUCCUUACCAACAGACUACAGCCCUCUGCCAUGGUGGAUGAGGCGACCUGUGCCGCCUGUGAUUUUAAUAAACCUGGUGCAAACUGUCAGCGCAGAAUGACUUGGCAGUGGAGAGGAGAGAUCAUGCCUGCGAGUAGAAGUGAGUUUCAUCGCAUUCAGCAGCAACUGGAGUCCGAGAAGUUUCCCCCUCUCUUUCCGAAUGGUCCACCUCGUGCUUUCCAUGUGCUCAACAGAGAAGAACAAGCUCGGCAUGAGAAGAAGCGGUUGGGAGAUUACUGUCGAAAAGCCUAUAAGAAGGUUCACCUGACCAGACUGGAGGAGAGAGUCACUACCAUUUGCCAGAGAGAGAACUCUUUUUAUGUUGACACAGUUCGAGCCUUCAGAGACCGUCGAUAUGAGUUCAAAGGAUUCCACAAGGUGUGGAAGAAGAAGCUGUCCACAGCACAGGAUAAUGGGGACGCAGCGGAGGUGAAGCGCUGCAAGAACAUGGAGAUUCUCUAUGAGUCUCUGCAACUGGCGCACAAGUGUAUCCUCAACUCCUUCUACGGAUACGUCAUGAGAAAAGGUGGAAAUGCACGGAAUGGUUCAAGAACGGACACAGAUUGGGACCGCUGUUCUCUGUUCUCUCUGCUCGCGCUUCAGACGUGUGCUCUGCGCACAAGCAGGGCGCAAGUUCUUUCCGUUCCUGCACAUUACUGUCGAAAAGCCUAUAAGAAGGUUCACCUGACCAGACUGGAGGAGAGAGUCACUACCAUUUGCCAGAGAGAGAACUCUUUUUAUGUUGACACAGUUCGAGCCUUCAGAGACCGUCGAUAUGAGUUCAAAGGAUUCCACAAGGUGUGGAAGAAGAAGCUGUCCACAGCACAGGAUAAUGGGGACGCAGCGGAGGUGAAGCGCUGCAAGAACAUGGAGAUUCUCUAUGAGUCUCUGCAACUGGCGCACAAGUGUAUCCUCAACUCCUUCUACGGAUACAACUCAUCCACAAUAUCCACACUGACCACUGAUGGUAUCUGGUGUGUUCUUCCCAACACCUUUCCUGAGAACUUUGUCAUAAAAUCCACCAAUGAGAAGAAGGCAAAGGUGACCAUCAGUUAUCCAGGAGCCAUGCUGAACAUCAUGGUCAAGGAGGGCUUCACGAAUCAUCAGUAUCAAGAGCUGGUGGACCCAGCAUCUUUAACAUAUGAGACCAGAGCUGAGAACAGUAUCUUCUUUGAAGUUGAUGGGCCGUACUUGGCUAUGAUCCUGCCUGCCUCUAAAGAAGAAGGAAAAAAGCUAAAGAAAAGGUAUGCCGUGUUUAACGAGGACGGGUCACUGGCUGAGCUGAAGGGCUUUGAGGUGAAGAGAAGAGGAGAACUUCAACUCAUUAAGAUCUUCCAGUCAUCUGUGUUUGAGGCCUUCCUGAAAGGCACAACUCUAGAAGAGGUUUAUGCCUCUGUGGCUAAAGUGGCUGACUACUGGCUUGAUGUGCUCUACAGCAAGGCUGCUAACAUGCCAGAUGCAGAGUUGUUUGAGCUGAUUUCAGAAAACCGCUCCAUGUCCCGUAAGCUGGAAGAUUAUGGCGAACAGAAGUCCACCUCCAUCAGUACAGCCAAGCGUCUUGCCGAGUUCCUUGGCGAUCAGAUGGUGAAGGACGCUGGCCUCAGCUGUCGCUAUGUCAUCUCCCGCAAACCGGAGGGCUCACCUGUCACUGAAAGGGCGGUCCCUCUGGCCAUUUUUCAGGCUGAAGAGAGUGUUAAAAAGCAUUUCUUACGCAAAUGGCUGAAGAUGCCCAGUCUCCAUGACCUUGAUAUUAGAUCUAUUCUGGACUGGGGUUACUAUAUUGAGCGGUUGGGCAGUGCCAUACAGAAGAUCAUCACUAUCCCUGCAGCUCUACAACAGGUGGCCCAUCAAACGUUACCAGCAGGUGAGACUCCUGAUAUGGAGGACUUCGGUGCUCCUCAGCAUCCUGUGCAGCCCGCCAUACUCAUCAGCACAAAGAGGAAGAGGAUAUCUCAAGGAGAGGACAGCCAGGCUGAGUCUCAAGAGCAAGAACUCACACAGUCUUGGAGAGAAAUACUGGGGCCACCACCAGUUAUGGGCGCCACUCGGGAGGAACUUCUUGUCUGGUUGCGCUACCAUAAGAAAAAAUGGGAGCUGCAGCUUCGUCAGAGGAAAGAACGGCGGAAGCGACGGCGUUUGAUUGGGGAAUCUCAGCCGACUGGCGGUGGUGUAAUCCGUGGUGGACUGACAACAGGGCUAGGCAGCUUCCUGCGAAGAACCGCCCGCAGUAUUCUAGACAUGCCCUGGCAAAUUGUACAGAUUGCAGAAACCAGUCACCCAGGCUUUUAUAAGCUGUGGGCUGUCAUUGGCAGUGACCUGCACUGCAUGAAGCUCAACAUCCCACGAGUGUUUUAUGUCAAUCAGAAAGUGCCCAAGCAAGAAGAGGGAGCUAAUUGCAAAAAGGUGAACCGGAUACUUCCACGUUCUGGUGUGGUGUAUUAUCUGUACCAGUAUGCUGUUCCUGAGGACAUGUACCAGGAACACAUCAAUGAGAUCAAUGCUGACCUCUCAGCUCCUGAUAUUGAGGGUGUCUAUGAAACACAGGUUCCUCUGCUGUUCCGGGCUCUGGUCCAGUUGGGCUGCAUGUGUAUGGUCAAUAAACAGGUGGUCAGAGACCUGGCUGGCAGAGAGGCUGAUACCUUCGACCUGGAGCACCUAGAAAUGAGAUCCCUGGCCCAGUUCAGCUACCUCGAGCCAGGCAGUGUAAGGCACAUCUACCUGUACCAUCACAGUCAGGGCCAUAAGGCUCUCUUUGGCCUCUUCAUACCAUCCCAACGCAAAGCCAGCAUCUUUGUUCUUGACACGGUGCGCAGUAAUCAGAUGCCGAACCUUAGCUCGUUGUACGGAGCAGAGCGCACCGCACUCCUGGAGAAGACCACAGAGGAGCUGCUGCCACCUGAGAAACAUCUGUUUGAAGUGCGUGCUGAAAACGAUGUCAAAGCCAUCUACCGCGCACUGCAACGCAUUCUCCUCAACUACAAGGAGGAGCGGCGUGGUCCGACCCUGAUUGCUGUUCAAUCUAACUGGGAGCUGCGGCGGCUGACGGCUGGCAUGACUGUACUGGAGGAGUUCCCGGUGGUCCCGGUUCAUGUUAUUGAUGAGAUAAGUUACAAUGUACUGGACUGGCAGCGGCACGGAGCUCGACGCAUGAUAAAACACUACCUGAACCUGGACAGCUGCCUCUCACAGGCUUUUGAUAUGGCCAG